CGGCGUUUUAAAUUGUUUUUAGAGGCUUCAGGCUUUUAGGUAUUAUAAUUUUAUCGAGAUGACGUCACGGGGUCGCCACAGCAUGCCCCAGGAUUGGGACCCUAUGAAAGAGGAUUACGACAACACAUACGACGCUCAGUACCCUGACGAUGAAGUUAGCGGCGGCGUGCAGCUCGACCACUGCAAGCUAUACAUCACGAACAUACCCAAAGCUAUAAACGAAGAGGGUCUACGCAAUGCGUUCGCUGCGUACGGUAACCUGGUGCAGGUCCACCUCAGCAAGGAUCCUCAGAAGAGAUACGGUCUAGUAUCUUACGAGUCGCCCAGUGAAGCAAAGCUGGCGAUGAUGAAGCUUAACAGGACCGACCCUCUUAAUUUGAAUAUACACAUAGCGCAUAAGAAAAACGACUCUCGGCAGUCGCAGCCUAGAGAGAAAAGAUACAACAACAACAAAAACAACAACUACGGAGCGGAAACAGGUGGCUACCGGAACGACAAUAGCUCGUACGCGUACCGUAACGACAACGACAGCGUGAGCAGCCGGGAACGUACCAGCCUGAAGCUAGAUCACUGUGCCAAUGGUGGUAACUUUGACGUAUCUUUUCAAGAUGAAGAUAACGCGAUUGGCUUUGAGCAAGGGCUGGUUUCGGAGCAGGACAAAGAUUUUGAGUACCAGCAGCUGCAGCUUAAGAUGAACUACCUCAAGCUGCAAGAGGAAAAGCUGCAGUGCCAAGAGGAAAAGCUGCAGUGCCAAGAGGCCUUGCUGCUUUACAAGAAGAAGACUACUGCACCAAAACCUAUUGCCAGUCGCUGCAUUCUGCCUGAUGGCAGGAUCCAAGUGCGCAACGUACAUGACAGACAGCGAAUCGGAACUUUAAUAAUUAAUUAUCAUAAUAGAACUGACCCGGAUACCACAUUCAGCUCGGCUGCUGGGGAUUCGAGGGCGUUAAAGUCAUGUUCCUGUGACCAGAGCGCUUGGAACGUUCCUCGAACCUCUGGGAGUUCCACUGCAUCCACUUGCGUACUGUGCUCAGAAGACAGGAGUGUUACUGCCAAAGAUAAGUCUGUAAAGUAUGACAAGUCGCCCGACAAAUACGUAAAAUCCAUUAGCACAGUUACAGAGUCAGUAGAUUUGAGUAAAACAGAUCAAAAGUCCGAGUAUUCGAGGUACAGCAAGACGACGCAGGUCACUAAAUCCGUCAUAAGUAAGUCAGAUUAUAGCAAAGUAAGUGAAACUGUUACAAAGCAAUCAGAUGUAACCAGCAAAAGAAUUACUAAGCUAGGUAGAAAAAGUGACGUUCACUGCGAUUAUAACUAUAGCGAAGUUUGUAUUGACAGCGAUGAUGAGACAGAUGAAACAAACAGACUUAUAGUACUGAGAAAUGCUGAUUACAUGGACGUUGUUGACGAUAAAUUGAAAAUUGUUGUCGCACUGUCAGGCUACCCAAAGUCCAAGAUGCGGUUAAAACAAAUGGAAGUAUUCCAACGCUCUCUGAAUGGUGUUAUUGAUAUGCAACUCAAAGCAGGUCUUAUGAAGCGAAAUCCACAGUUUUUGGACUAUUAUUUGAAUAGAGGCGCGAUUGUAUGCAUAUGCAAGGACGUUGAAAGCAGGGAUUGGAUGGUUAGAAUAACUCCCGGCUUGCAGGAACGCAUGUUGGACAACUUGGUUUUGCUUAAAGCGAAAGUAAAAAGGUUGUGUUUGGCCGUGAUAAAGAUUCCUAAGUCUUGUUGGCCGGCAACCGCUCACGACGCAUUCAAACUCUUGCAGUACUUCAACCCGACAUUGAAAACUAAUUUGUGGAAAAUUUACGCCCAAAAAGUCGUGGACGAUGUAGAAAUUACGUCUUUUUUGGUAGAUAGGGUGUCUGGGGAAAUUAUACGUGGACCGAAUUUCAAAAAUGUUAUAGACUACAACCAAAUGGAGUUCGAAUUGACUGGUUAUACUGAAAUUUAUUAUGAAUGCUUCCUUUCUGAUAUGGAUGAAGAUUUGUCUAGCGUUGCCUCUAGAGUUAAACUGUUGGAAGAAUUGCGAUCCGCUGAAGUAACGCCGAGGAAUAAAUCUGAAAAUGUUAACGAAAAAAAUGGGCUCGAAAAAGAAAGUAACUCAAAGAUUAAUGUCAAUUUUGAAGAAAGUACCGAAGAAGUAAUUAAAACAGCACGAAAUCAAAAAGUGGAAGACAAAGUUGUGGAUGUUAAUGAGUAUUUCGGUUCCUCGAAUGUUAAAAAUACGUCGAAUGAUGUGAAAUUAACAUUAACAGAAGAUACUGAACAGGUUAAUGUAUUGCAAGCCAAUAAUAACAGUUGUGAGGAACGUGAGAUUGAAAAGAAUGAAGUAAACAAACCAGAAGUAGAACUUAACGAAGUUAAUACUUCUAUAGCAGCUGUUUCAGACGUAACCGAGUCAAUUAUAGAAAGUAGCGAGAACCUAGUUAUUGGUAGAAACAGUAACUUAAAUAUUGAUAGCAAUAGAGGUAUCGCUUAUUAUAGACGUACGAACUACUUGCACGUAGAAAACGAGCUUAAAAUAGCGAUAGUUCUUGAGGGUUACCCCCAAAAUAAGUUGGAAGGAACCCACAUUAGGCGACUAAAGCAUUUGUUCAAAGAAUAUUUGCACAAAGAUAUGAAGAUGCAGCGAUUUUCCAAUAUGAUCAUCCCGAAAUUCCAGGACAUAUACUUGUCGAACGGAGCUGUGAUAUACAUUUGUGAUAGUUUAGAAACUAUAGACUACUUGAGAGAAAUUCUGCCUAAAUUUGUUACCAAUACGGGGUUAAAACUAAUAUUUAAAGAUGUUAGAAAUUUAGUCAGGUACACUAGGAUAGUUAUGAAAUUGCCAAAAGAGCUCGCUCAUGUAGCAUCUCGUGAUAUUUUGCUCAAGCUUCAAGAACAAUAUCCGAAAUUGAAACCAGAUUGCUGGAAGCAUUAUUCGGAUGUCGCAGGAAAACAAAAAAGACAAUUUGGCGUCGAACCUGAGUCCUUAGUUGUAUUAAAAAGUGCAGAUUUCGACCCAACUUACGAUGGUGAGAAACUUAGUUUUAGAAUAAUCGACAGACAGAAACCUGGAAUCAACUUUGAAGAUUCUAAUGUUACAGAACAUAAAGAAGAAAUGGAAAGCGAGGAGGCGAAGGAAUUGAGAGAUAAAAUUGUAAAAGCUAUGUAUUGUGCCAUAGAACCUGGUAUAAUGAACGCUCCUUUAACUAAAAGAAGAGCCAACCACUACUCCGAAGUAAUCGCUGACGAUUUUAAACUAUACGUUGGCCCAAAUAACUAUCCAGAAACUCGAAUAGACGAGCCAAUGUUUUUCUCUAUCAAGAAAACGAUUGAGACCAUAAUUUUCGAAGCUAUCUAUAAUGGAAAUGACGAAUUUAUCCCGAAGAUUCACGAUUUUUAUUUGUUCGAUGGUGUCAUAUUCAUCAUUUGUCAAGACAUGGCUUCACGAUUAUGGAUAGAAAGGAAUAUCCCAACAAUGAAUACUAAAUUAAAGGGAAAUUUAAAAGCUACAGAAUUCCGUGGAGCAGUUGGCAUUAUAAGCAUGUUUGUGAAAACUGAUAAGGGCUACGAUGAGGUUAUAAAUAUUUUGCAAACACAGAAUCCGAGGUUACGUACGAAAUAUUGGAGGAAGAUAAGUACGGUUAAAAGUCGUGUUAAGCUUGAUGUAGUUUUGCAAAUCGAUAAACUAUCUGCACAUGUCAUAACUGAUCCGAAGUUUAACGGUAAAAUUGGUGAUAGUAUUGCAGAAUUUAAACUUGGCCAUUUGAAAUCGUUGCUUGGUAAGAAGAGUUUAGAAGAACUAAGCAAAGUCAAAACUAAGAAACAAUUUACUAACAAUAAUAAUUAUAAGAAAGUAGAAACGAAAAAUAAUGCCAGUCAAGCUUUAGUUGCACAGGACAAUUUGAAUAUCACAGACCAUACAAUUAAAGAUUCCGAAAAAGAGGUUUUCAUUGAAGAAUUAAAACUUAACGAUGGAGAAAGCCGAGUUUUCUUUUACACUGGAUCAGAUUAUCGAUCGACAGACAGAGAUUCGAUUAGGAGCUAUAAUUACAUUGAAGAAAACGAACAGGGGUAUUGCAAGGUUAUUUUAAAAGUACCCACAAAUAUUUUACCAGACGAUGGCUUGGAUAUCAUUUUCGAUUUGCUGGAAGAUAAAAAUCCUGGGUUGAAUACAGAGUUGUGGAAAGUUGAAGAACAAUCCGAGUACAAUCGAGGCAAAUUUAUUGUACUUGUAGACAAACAGUCCGCUUCAGUUAUUAAAGGUAAGGAUUUUGAUCCAACUUUAGGGGGAGAGAAGUUGAAAUUUCUGUUCUAAAAUUACCCGGGACUUUGUGGUGGCGUUUGUUGGCGCGCGUGUUGUGACUUUUUGGAAUGUUUUUUUGUUAGAAGUGGCCGG